UAGUUACGCCGCGCCGUGUUCGAUUUAUUAUUAAAUGCUAUUUAUGUGAUGAUAUCUCUCAUCACUUAAUCUCUUUCAAUUACAUACUAGCGUCCCGCUGCUCUGAACUAUCAAAAUCAUUAUUCUGUCGUUUUCUGUUGUUUUUAAACAGAAAAACAUUACUUAUUGAUAUGCGAUAGAAAUAGUCCCGAUAUUGUUGAUCCCAGGUAGGGCGACAAACAUUUCUCAGAAUCUACCACCGGAUCGGAAUCGCGACCCACUGAGAAGAUCCGGCGAAAAACUUUCUUACUGGUGGUAGGACCUCAUGUGAGUCCGCACGGGUAGGUACCACCACCCCGCCUAUUUCUGCCGUGAAACAGUAAUGCGUUUCGGUUUGAAGAGUGGGGCAGCCGUUGUAACUAUACAGAUACCUUAGAGCUUAUAUCUCAAGGUGGGUGGCGCAUUUGCGUUGUAAAUGUCUAUGGGCUUCAGUAACCACUUAAUACCAGGUGGGCUGUGAGCUCGUCCACACAACUAAGCAAAAAAAACCAUCUCUAUGGGCAUUGUACUGUCGUUGAUGCAUUGGCCAAUUUUUAAGUUAAUCAUAAAUCUCAAAGUCAGCGAAAUUGACAUUCAAAGUUCUCAUAACAAAUAAACACGCAUACGUAAUUAUUAAUAACGUGUUAAAAACAAUUCGGUAUUAAAAAAUAUUUAAAAAAAAUCCUUCUGUAGAAUGCAUCCAUGAUUAUUAUUCGUCGGUCAGUGUUAGGUUAUCGGUCGUGUGAGCGUCGCGUCGUGCGCCAAAUAAUGACGCUUCACCUACAAAGGAUCAAGGACGUUCGCGCCGCGUACACCGUGCGAGACGUUGCAUUCUCAUGAAUUUUUGGCAUUAUUAAUUCUAAAUGUAAUUUUUUCAUACCAAAAUUUAUUUUUACGCUCAAAAAUAAUACAAAAUCUGAAUUUAAUUGACGAUUGCUAAUCGACUUUAAUCUAUUUUCAAUUUAGUAGCUAUAUUAAUUAAUGUUGCCGAACCAAAAAAAAUAUACAGUUGCAGUUUUCUUGUGAAGUUAAAGUUUAAGAGUCGUUAAAGUGUGUACGUGCAGCUUGGGUCCGGCGACGGUCACAAAUCUUCCGUUUCACUCGGGCCCAGCCUCCGAGCAGCGAGAAGAGGAAACAGCACGCUCCAAAGCACGCGACUGCGUGAUGCCGGCUACUCCCGAAAUAGACCCCCCGCGCGGGGUGUCUGCCCAUCGACGUGCUUUUAGUAUGCUGCGCGCAUGCGAACCGCCCGCACCCUUCUGCGCUCCUAGUAACACAACGUACGCGAAUUUAAUAAAAAUAAAACAAAAUAGCAUGCUGUAAUCAAGAAAAUGGUCGCGAUACUGGCCAAUCCGAAAUGGAGCGAGGACCUGACCAUCCAAAUGAUUAUCGAAUACGAGAAACGCGAAUUCCUCUGGAACCCGGUGUCGGAGCACUACAAAAACAAGAAAAUAAGGGAGCAAGGCUACGUGGAAAUAAUAAACGCGCUCAACUUAGUCGACGUUACGGUUAAAGAAUUGAAAAACAAGAUAAAGAACAUACGUUCGUCUUACAGCGUUGAGCUGAAGAAGAUUCGCGCGGCUAGGAAGGCCGGCGCGCAUGCGUACCGACCCAGCGUCACGUGGUUCGAGCACGCAGACAGGUUUCUGCGGGCGAUCGUCACGCCGAGCUCCGUCGACAAUAGUCUACUCAAGAUCCCGAUGAGCGAUGACAGCGAUAUCGUUCAAGAUCUGAGCGAGCGAAAAUCGCCGGAAAAGAAGAGUCCUAGAAAACGCCGGAACUCGAAUCGUUCGUCGACGCCGUACGUGCUCAACACGCCGUCGCCGCGUCCCAGCACACCUUUCGGCCUGAAUGGCGCCCCCGCCACGCCGUUCGUGAUACUCCCGUCGUCUGGCUCCGCGCCCUUCCUCAACCCCCCCGUCGGGAUCGCCACGCCGCUAACGACCUCGCUCGCCACUAUAUACCCGGUGCCAGCGAAACAAAAGAAAGGGAAUUCGGACAGUAAUGACCACACGGACCUCCCGCAGGACUUGAGUCAGCAUUCCGAGAACGGUAACGACUCGAAUGAGUUCGAGAUGUUCGGGAAAUUGAUAGCGAGCCAGCUAAGGAAACUGCCGCUGAGCUUAGCUUUAGACACGCAGCUAAAGAUUCAGACUCUGGUGAACGCUGCGCGGAUACAAGCGGUGUACCAGCAGUACAGUUACGCGGGACCGUCACAGGAAGCGUUGUCAGUACAGGCGCUAUCAAACAGCAUCCUGGCCGGUAUGACGUCACAAAACAGCUUCGAAUCCCGCUCGAUCCGAAACGACUCCCCCGAAGACAUGACCAGAGACAUCAAGACAGAGUACUGUAUUGGUUCUGAAGCGGAAGAUUAAAGAUUUAUAUUUUAUUUUCAACGACCAAUGUUGAGUUAAUAAGUUCACACUUCUCUUUAUACGUGAAUUUUGAAUUAUUUUUGGAUUUGCUCAUAUAUUUUUAAGGUGACAUAUUUUUAACAAUACCAUAGUUUGAACAGACUUCAAACAAAAAAGGAAGUUAUUCGAAAAGUAACUUAAUUUCUUUUUUAGGUAUAAGAAAGGAAUAUAUCUGUUUUGUAGUAGGGUUUGUGUGGUUAUCUAUGUGUUUAGAUGUAAAAUAUUGAUGUUAUCGAUGUAUAGUUUACAAAAAAAAAAAACAAUAUCAUUCAAUCAAAAUCAGUUCAAAAGACAUUUUUUUACUUUUUACUAAACUAGUCAUACAGAUUGUAUAUCAAUGAAGAUCUCAAUGCUUUUGGCUGUGUUAAAACUUGUGUUAGACAAUUAUUAUUAUUAUUAAUAUUUUCGUAAAAAUUCCAACAAUUAAAUUUGUAAAUUAAUGUGAAUUAAAAGUGUCAAGAUGUUGAAAUGUGGAUUGUAUUGCCAGUACAAUAAGCACGAAUUUAUUUUUGUGAUAAAUUGGCGGGCCUGACUUUUUGACAAGCGACGAAAGGAACAGUCGGACCUUCCUGAUAUUUUAUUUAAAAAAAAAAAAAAAACGGACAUUAAAUUUAAGAAAACAAAUACCUCAAACUUAGAAUUAGUGAAGCGUACUAAGAAACAAAAAAAGUUUAGAAAAUAUACUAUAUUUUAUCUGUUAUCGAUGUGCCACGGUUUAGAUUGUGUACAAGUUGUGAUUUUUAUUGUGUACAAGAAUAAAUAUUUUAUAAAUGUG